AUGUUUUCGAAGCUGACCGCCCUCGUGGGAGGCGGCAGCGGCUUGCCUUUCGAUCUGGGCGAAGAGUUUCCCAGCUCGUCAUCAUUUUGCAACUGGCAGCACUUUAGGGGCACGACCAAGGCUGAUGGCUCUCCCGUGUCCGUCUUCCGCCUCGCCGGCCCCAGCAAGGGCGAUCAGCGCCUGGAGGCGGGGCGCAACGCUGCCAAGCGCCUGCGCACGCUGCGCCAUCCCGCCGUGCUGGUGUUCAAGGAGCUGGUGGAGGUGGAAGAGCGUGGGGAGGCGGUUGUCUAUCUCGUGACGGAGGCGGUCACACCCUUGUCCCUGGUGCUCAGCGACAUGGAUUUGACGACGCGCCAACAGUAUCUCAGCAUGGGCCUUGGCGCCACAGUCGGUGCUCUUUCCUUCCUGGCCAAUGACUGUGCCCUGGUCCAUGGCGCCGUCUGCAUGGCGGCCGUGGCGGUGACUCAGACGCUGGACUGGAAGCUGCACGGCUUUGACGUCAUGUCCGACCACCAGUUUGCCAGCCAAUAUGACCUGCCGCUCACUGCGGCUGCCUGGCUGGUGCCGCAGCAGUUCAAGCCAGGGGAGGUGGCCAAGGGCGACUGGCAGGCCGUGAAAGACGGCCCGGCCUGGGGAGUGGAUGCCUGGGGCCUGGGCUGCCUCAUGCAGGAGGUCUUCAGCGGCAGCCCACUGGCGCGGACCGAGGACCUCCGCAACACCGAUUGCAUCCCCAAGGACUUGAUGCCGUACUACCAGCGCCUGCUGGCCUCGCAGCCGGCGCGGCGGCUCAAUCCCAAGCAGCUGCUGGAGGCGGGGGUAUUGCGCAACAGGCUGGCAGAGGCCACCAGCUUUCUGGAGAACCUGGCCAUCAAGGACACCAUGGAGAAGGACACGUUCUUCAAGAGGCUGCCCAGCCUGCUCCCCUCAAUUCCCCCGCUGGUGGCGCAGCGCAAGCUGCUGCCGAUGCUAGCCAGCGCCAUCGAGUUUGGCGGCGCCCCACCGGUUGCUCUUACAACGCUGCUGGAGAUUGGCAAGACGCUGCCAGAGGAAGACUACUCCAAACAGGUGGUGCCCAUCCUCACCAAGCUGUUUGCGUCUAGUGACCGCGGCAUCCGGCGUGGCCUCCUGGAGAACAUUGCCACCUAUGGGCCUGCUCUUCAGGACAAAAUCGCGGAGGAGCAGAUUUACAACCAUGUGGCGUCCGGUUUCAGCGAUGGCAACCCAUACCUGCGGGAACUCACCCUGAAAUCCAUGGCUGUGCUGGGUCCGAAGCUCAGCCAAAAGACGCUGAGCCAGUCGCUGCUGAAGCACCUGGCCAAGCUCCAGGUUGAUGAGGAGGCCUCCAUCCGUGCCAAUACCACCGUGCUGCUUGGUAACCUGGCUACCCACUUUUCAGAGGCCACCUGCAAAAAGGUGCUGCUGAAUGCCUUCACGCGAGCGCUGCGGGAUGGCUUCCCCCCUGCCCGUGUCGCUGGGCUGAAGGCCAUCGUUGCUACAGCCCAGUACCACAGCCCCGAGGAUGCUGCUAUGCGGGUGCUGCCAGCCGUGGGGCCACUGUGCAUCGAUCCCGUGCACGAGGUGCGUGCUUCGGCGCUGGCCUGCCUGGAACACUUCACCAAGGCGCUGACGGGGCACCACAGGGAGCUGGAGCGCAAGGCAGCGGUGCAGGAGGGCGAGACAAGCGGGGGCAAAUUGAUAACGGCAUCGGCGCCUGGAAGCAAAGAAGGGGGCAGCCUGCUCAACAGCUUUGGCUGGGCUGUAAGUAACCUGGGGCUUGGGCGCAGCUCAGCGGAUGCUGCGGGUGCCAAGCCGGCGGUAGCAACCGCAGGCAUUGUUUUGGAGCCGGCGUUGGCAGCGGCGUCUGCGAGCAAGCAGGUGGACGCACCCCCGCCAACAGUGGCCUCCCACAUAACGGGGACGCCAGCUGCACCACCUGCCACCAGCAGUGGCUGGGACGAUGAUGACCUGGCUCAGGACAUGAUGCGUGACGCGGAGGCGGGCAAUGCGUUGCGGAAGCCUGCCAGCACUGCCGGCGGGGGUGGCGGCAUGAAGCUGGGGGUCAGCAAGCUUGGGGCCAAGCUGAAAGAAGACGAUUUUUCAGAGUGGUAG